CAGUGGACUUGGUCAGCGGCCCAAUAUGGCGUGUUUGUGGACGCUGAGAGAAGUGAUGUCUUAUCAGCCAUUGCAGCGUAAACUGUUCAGUGUAUUAAUGGAGUUGCUAAGGCCAGGAGGGACUUUGGUGUACAGCACCUGCACCGUCACCCUUGCUGAAAGUGAGGAGCAGGUGGCUUGGGCCCUGCAGACUUUCCCACAUCUCAGACUGCAGCCACAGGACCCCCAUCUUGGAGCUGGAGGUAUGCCUGGAGCAGGAUUGUCUGAGGAGCACCUCAAGCUGCAUCAGAGAUUCAGUCCAAUGUGCUGUGCCAAGGAAACAAACUCCAUUACAGGUGACGCCAUUUUGACAUCUGAUUUGGUAAACUUGGCCAACAAGGACACAAUAGGCUUCUUCAUCGCUAAAUUUAAGACGCUGUAAGGCACUCCAUGGACGAGCACAUACAGGUGGCUUUCACUCUCCUAACA